AUGAAGUACGAUGGGACCAAGGACAUUCAAGAACAUCUGACGACUUUUGAAGCCAGGAUGAAUCUCGAAGGGGUAGGCGAUGCAGUGAGGUAUCGUGCAUUCCCGGUGACGCUGGCAGGCCCGGCGAUCUGUUGGUUUAACGCACUCCCGCAAGAGUCCAUUACGACCUUCGCGGACAUAUCGCACAGCUUCUUAGCCCGGUUCACCACGUGUAUUGUCAAGGCAAAGCACCUAAUCAACCUACUAGGGAUCACCCAGAAAAUCGGAGAACUGACCAGGAAGUUCCUAGACAGGUUCAACAAUGAGUGCUUAGAAAUAGACGGCCUAACAAACUCGGUGGCGAGUUUGUGUUUGAAAAACGGCCUACUAAAUGAGGAUUUCAGAAAGCACCUCACCACUAGACCCGUCUAG